AUUGAGUUGCGUGAGUGGAAGGAAUCCUUUCUCUUCAAAUGGGCAUUAAAGGCUGAUUUCAAGUUUUGUGGCUUGUGGUAUGGCCAAAGCAACUUCCAUUCUGGCUUCCAGCUUCGAGUUCUGGUUGAAUAAGGCCAUCGAGUGGGGCCAGACCACCACUUUCGAAUCCCAGCAAGAUGUCUGCCUACACCUGUCCAAAUUACAGGAGUUCCUGAAGCAGAUUUAUGGAACCAUACAGCAUAUGAACACAACUGAAACAAUCAGAUUGUUUCCGUUGAUAGGCCAGUUGUUGGGGAGACUUUGCUGGAUGCCAUUUAUCGUAGCACAUGACGAGUGCCAGCAGAACCUGUUGCAGUGCUUGUGGUGUCUAUACAGCGCCGAUCCUCACAACGCUGUGGAAUUGAAAGCCAAUGAGUGGAUCCAGAUCUUACUGCGGAGCCUGACUGACGUUGAUGAUGAUGGAGUGAGAAGCUUUAUCCAGACCUUACAUUACCCUGAGAAGGAAUACCAUUCUAAACUGCUGAGAAAUAUUGUCUCGUCUUUAGUGAAGGAACUUCAACACUAUCAAAGUGACAGAAACUCCACUUAUUUAAGGACAUUGACUUGCACCACAGUGCCACCAAGAAGGCUGAGGGACAUUUCUACUAUUUGUUUACCCAUCGUGACUCUGCCAGAUGUAGCUCCAUUGGUCGAUGCUCUUCUCACUUGUCAGGAAGGUGGUCUGGAUGAAACUCUUAGCACAGACUUUCUAGAUUGUGUCAGCAAUGCUCUUCAACAGAAAAAGAUCGUCCUGUCUGAGUCUGCAGUUGUGAACCUGUGGUUACGCUACCUUCCUAGUCUUGAACAGACUGCGAUCCAUCUUAUUGAAAGUUUGGUUUCAAAUCCUUACAAGUCAUUACAGGAAAUUGAAGAUAUUAUCAAAGAUUCAUUACUGCUUAAAGCUUCAGCUUGUCACCCUUCAUUAUAUAGAAUACUUGAUGGCAUCUUCAGGAGCAUUUUACUGGAAACUGAUGGACAUCCCAGGGCCAUUGCCAUUCUACAAGCAUUUACACGCUGUUUUGUUCAAACUCUACAACAAAUGCAGAUUCAGAUGCCGCUAAAAGUCUACUUUCCACAUAAUCACCAGUCCCUUGUGAUGGCACUUUCGAGACAUCCUUCAGACAUCCCAUCUGCUGUUUGGUCCAAGCACCUUAGCAAUAUAGUUCAGAUUUUGAAGAGAAAUGUGCAAGAGGCAGAGGUGACAAGAAAAGCCGAAAAUCUGUUCCAGAAUUGGUUUCUGCUGGCCCAUUUUGGAGACUGGGUGAAUAUUGCAGGACAGGAGCUGAUGAGAAGAGAGGAUGAAAUCACUGAGAUGCUGCUCUGGCUUUUGAUGUUUUACUAUAAACCAUCCAACCAAAGUCAACAAGAAGAUCAUUUACUGGCAGAUGUGAAGCUGCUGUAUGACCAUCUAAAGGUGCUUGUCAAUGCGACCCACUUGAAUCUCGAGGACCUGCAAACUGCUUUAACUGCGAGGCACCUCAGCACAGAGCAAAGUCCUCUGAAAGACAUGACCAAUCACCUUAUUAUGAGCUUUCUGCUGUGUUCUGCUGGCGGCCAUGGAAUAGCUAAGGAAUCUGUGCAACUUUUGACUCUAACUGGAGAUGCUGCUGAUGGAGUUUUUGAGCUACUGGGUAGUAUUGCCCACAGACAAAACAAGCAACGGCACAAAGAUUCCACAGAUUAUCAGUCUCAGAUGACCAUCAAACUUCUGCAAGAAGUUCUGUCAGAAACCCAACCCAGGACAGUGCAACCAACACACACCCCACUGAAAGGUGUAUUUCACUCAUUCCAGUAAUUAUGUCUAGUUGAUUGAAAGUUGUAUUUGUUUAUAUAAUAGAUCGAUAGUUUAAACAAUUGUUUUUUCACAUUUAUUUUUCUAAUAUUUUGACUGCAAACAUUGUGUUGUAAAAACCCUGUUAAUGGAUCCGUUUUUUUUAAAAAUCAGGAAAUUAUAAGCAGCAAAACUCUGUAUAACACCAGGCACAGGAUUCUCUGCCUUAUUCUGUAUGUUAGUUGGUGAUAAGUGUAUUGCAGUCUUUAAAUGUCUUAGUUCUGAACUUGUAGCAGAGUGAGCAGUUAAAUAAAAAUAAUAAUGCUGCA